GAGCGAGACGAACCCGCGAGUGGCGGUGGCCGGGUUACCAAUAGACCACAGUAGACGUCUCUCGUCCUCCCUGCAUAUCAAUCAAUACACACAGCCGAUGGUGGGCAACACGAUGCACCGGAUCAAGAACAAGCUGCGCAGCAGCCGCCUGGGCAGCAGCAAGAAGGACGCGGCCUGGGCGCUGGACGAGGACUCGCUGCGGCUCAAGCAGGCGCAGGACGACGCGCCCGUGCGCUACGACCGCAGCGGCACGCUGUCCGACACGGUCAACGUGACGGACGACGUCGAGGACAUGUUCUACGGCCGUAACAACCGCUCCACGGCCAGCGCCGCCUCGGACGUGCCGCAGUACCGCACCACAGAGCAGCUGCGCGACACGCACCUCACGCUCUCGGCGCUGCACGAAGACGCCGAGACGCCGUCAGCCACCAACAACCUCAGCAGCAGCUUCUCGCAGUUCUCCGUCACGACGCCCAGCAACUACGCGGCCUCCACGCCCGGCAACUUUAGCAACCACAACGGCCAGAACAACAACACCAACCAGAGCACGACCUUCGCGCGCGGCUUCUCCGCCAUCCCCACGACUGUAGGCAGCGCCGUCGCGGAGGAGGGAGAGCUGGAGCGACUGCGCGCCGAGGUGCUCGAGGUCAAGGAGGAGGUCAAGGCCAUUCGCAGAGAAGUCAUGAACGAGCUGCACGUGACGCGCUACGACGUGCUGAAGGAGCUGGCGCUGCUCAAGGGCGCGGUGGCGCAGCUCACCGCAGCGCAGCACAGCUCCCCCCCGUCCGUUUCGUCCACCGACAGCUCGAGCUUGGACCCGCUCUCGGCUGAUGACCGCGCGAAGCUGGUGCGCCAGACUUCCACCAAGACGUCGCCAGCCACGCGCGAGCGUCUCGCAGCGUCCCGCGCCAACGUACAGAAGACUCCGCCUCCGUUCGCUCGUGCCAGCGUUCGACUCACGCAGUUGGCGCCCGUUGCGGACGACGCUCUCUCAACGCCCCUGACGUCGCAGCAGAUCAACGAGAUGUUCCCGCUUAUCGACUUUACUUCAGAGCUUGCAGCGCACGCGCGCGGGUUGACCCCUGGAUCGCGCACGUGGGCUCUGACUCGCGUGGAGGAGUGGCUUGACUCGCGCUUCAACACUGGCAGUGACAUACUGCUGGCAGUGGUCGGAGAGGGCGGAACUGGCAAGAGCGCGUUCUGUGGCACGGUGGCGCAGCAGUUCCGUGGCAACAUGUUGGCUGCGCACUGCUGCCAGUUCGAUCGCAAGAGCAAGAGCACCCCGCGCAACGUGCUGCUGUCGAUGGUGCACCAAAUCGUGGACAACUACCCACCGUUUAAGAACCAACUUGCCAGACUCAACCUUAAGUACGUGCUGGAGGAGGCGGACCCGAUGCUGCUGGCGGCCAAGGUGCUGGUAGACCCGUUGAACGCGCUAGAGGAGCCGGUGCAAGCGGCUUUCAUGAUGGUGGACGGCAUCGACCAGUGCGCGGCGGGGGCGCAGGGCCGCAACGAGUUGCUGGAGUUCUUCGCCCAGAUCAUUCCUCAGCUGCCGACGUGGGUGGGGUUCCUGCUGUCCUCCAAGCCGUCGUCCAAGCUGGCCAAGCGUCUGCCUGUGUCGUCUGUUCUGGACUUUAGCGCCGAGAACGACGCGUUCGUAGCUGACGUUGCUCCGCUGGUCGAAGACAUCGCUCGCAACUUCAGCGAUGACGACUUCGUCAAGGCCAAGUCGAUGCUGAAGCAGAAGAGUGGAGGCAACUUUGCGUACCUGGAGUUCACGAAGCAGGCGCUAUCACACCCGGGAAUGGCGGCCGCUAGUAAGGAGGGCGCUGUGCCACUUGGUGUGCUCAACGAUCUACCGGAGACGCUGUACGAUAUCUACGCUGAGAUCUUUGAGGACAAGUUCGGCCAGGGACGCGCGCGCGUGUGGGGCAAGGCCAAGCCGCUUCUCCAGCUCGUGGUGGGAGCAGCAUCCGGCCCGUACUCGCCUGUGACGGAGGAGCAGGCGAGGGAGCACUUCAAUCUCACUGCGGAGGACCUGCGCAUGCUGCGUCGGUCGUUCGUCGACCUCGUUGCCGUUCGCCACGGCUCGUACCGCAUCGAGAGCUCAGCGCUUUGCGCGUGGCUGAGCGACCCCGCUCGAUCAGAAGAGCAGUUCUACUUCAGCAUCGACGACGCGCUCCAGGCUUUGCGUCAAAUGCGCCGCUCUGGUUCCAGCGGAUCGAGCAGUGGCCACUCCGGAAGCUCUUCGGACGGCACAACCAGCGCCCCCACCCUGUCCCGCACCACCAGCCGUGGAGCGACCAAGUCGCACCACCGAUCACAUGUCAAACACGAGCCGCGCGCCAACCCCGACUACAAACCCGUGGGCAUCCUCAAGCGCGGCACGACGUAUUGAGUAGAAGCAGAUGUGAACAAAAAAUAAGUAUUGAUGUUGAU